AAAUUUUCAGCCAUUGAAUAUUUUAAAAUAUAAUACUACAACAUUUUUAAAAUUGAAGCUAGUUUUAACAUUUUAGGCUUUAGCUUUUUUUGACAGCAACAACAUCCAGACGAGGAGAGAAGACAAAAAGAAACAUUUAGGCUCAAUAGUUUUUAUUUAUUAAUUAUUUUUAAUGAAGCUUCGGCAAUGACUACUGUACAGCAAUAUUGUUUAAGGUGGAACAACCAUCAGCCGAACUUCAUUAGUGUAUUCUCGUCGCUCUUGUUGAACGAAACGUUAGUAGAUGUAACAUUAGCGGCAGAAGGUCGCCAAUUACAGGCGCACAAAGUUGUCUUAUCAGCAUGUAGUUCUUAUUUUCAGUCAUUAUUUACAACGAAUCCUUGUAAACAUCCGAUUGUAAUUCUAAAGGAUGUUCAGUACAACGAUCUUAAAACAAUGGUGGAUUUUAUGUAUUAUGGUGAAGUGAAUGUAUCAACAGAGCAAUUACCACAAAUACUAAAAACAGCUGAAAUGCUAAAAAUUAAAGGACUAGCCGAAAUGCCAGAUGCAGCAUCUGUCACAAAAUCGGAUAGUAAGUCAAGUGAUCAUACGGAUGGAAAUCAAUCAAUUAGCGGCGUAGAAUCAAUGUGGGGCAGUACAGAAUCUCAACAACAGGCUCAACAGCAGCAAUAUCAUACGAUUCGACGUACACCUUCCCCAUCAAAUAUGUCACCAGCAACGCGAAGGAAACGGUUACGCAAAACAUCGACAGGCUCAGGAUCGAUAAAUAUUUCGGCGUCAAUUGAGAGAAUUCAAGAUGAGCAGCAUCAACAGCAGAUCCAGCAUCAACAGCAAACCACAAUGGAUGGUAGGAUGAUGCAGAAAUAUUCACAGCAGCAAUCAAUUGAUGUCCCAUUGUCAACAUUUUCAGCCGUAUCGCAAACGGGAGCAAUUGCAAAUGUGCGAGGUAUGAAAAUUAAUUCUAGUCCUGAAAAUCAAAUGCAGCAUCAACAAGAUCCGCAUGAACACAUUGAUGAGUCACAACAUAUAACUGAAAUGAAAACUGAGGACUUAAGUUGUGUGAAUCAAUCAAUGCCAUUAGAUAUUUCAACAGGAACAUCUACAACUCCUGUUAGUUGUCCACCUACUCAACAACAUAGCGCUCAACAAUCAGAAUUGCUCUUUACAUCGUGUUCAUCAAUAUCAUCACCAUCGUCGCCAAUAUCGUUAAGUCUCUCAUCACCAGCGAUAAUUACAGCGACAACAACAAAUGUAGUGGUAGGUGCAAAUAAUAACAACAACAAUAAUAACAAUACUUUAAGUAAUUUGAGUGCGGCAAGUAAACGAGGACGCUUAUUAAUUCGUCAACAAAGAAUUAAGAAGGAUGGAGAUCAGACGGGUGAUUUAGAGACACCGGAAGCGGGAAUAUAUCAAGAAUAUUUACUGUCAGUGCCAUCGUCAGGAGCAAGAAUGGAGAGACAUGCAUCAGAACCAUCGCCAGCAACUUCAUCUGGUCUCAUCACGACAUCAUCGUCAAGUUCUGUAUCUGGAAAUCUUCUAUCAGUUCCAACACACACGUCAUAUUUGAUAAAACAACAUUCACAUCCAUUGCUGCCAAGUCAAUCGUCAUCGCCUAGUACAUCAUACACGCUCACUCGUCAGCUCUCUCAUCCGAUUCAGACAAUUUCUCACCAAUCAUCCCAAAUUGUGAGUACAGUGACAUCGCAUGGAGGACAUGACAUUGGGCACAGUGGACAAUUACUUCAAAUGCAUCAUCAUAAAUCAGCACCUGUUAGAAGUCAAACAUUGCCUCACUAUACAGUCACUGAUAUGGACUUUAGUAGUGGAAAUGAAAAAGCUCAAUCGUCAUCAAAUAUGACACAUAGUCCCACAGUAGUGAUCAUUCCCGACGAUCAUACGACAACUGUAGUACAAUCACAUAUACCGUCACAACAUACUUUAUAUCAAAAAUCAUCAUCACAUCAUCAUCUUCAGUUGCCAUCGAUUCGUGUCAAGUCUGAAGAGCUUCAGAGAAGUAUCUCGUCACCGCUGUCAUCGACGCGAAGUGAUUUAUCUUUUGAGACGACAACGAGAUCCAGUCAUUGUCCAACAUUACGAGCUGGACCAGCGUUAGGUUGUAACUUCUGUUGGAAUACAAUCGAUGCACAUGGUAGAAUUUUACGACGUAAAACAAAAUACCAUUGUCCAGAAUGUCAAACGAAUUUAUGUAUUGUACCAUGCUUUCAAGAAUAUCACGAAAGGCAGUCAAAUGAAGGAAGCAAUGAAACAAGUUCAACAAAAUCUAGUGGCUUAAAAAGUCUCAAAUCAUCUCAAACCAUGUAAGUGAACGUCCGUGAAAUUUUUUUGAGUCAGUGCCCUAAUAUACUUUAAAUUUCGAAAUUUUUAUCUUGGCAAUUUAGAUAAAUGAAUUUAAAUUGAACUUAAUUUGGACCUUCAAGUUAGUGGCAACGUAUUUUUAGUGUUGCAUGACAUAUGAGUAUAUUAGAUAAAUUGCUUGAAAGUAUUUUUGGGAAGGGAUGUCACAUCACAUCAAUUUUGACACUUCCUGUUAUCAUACAUCCUUUAUAUGAGGGCGAAUAUACACAUUGAUUGUAUGUUCUUGUUCCGUCAUAAACAUGAACCUUUGGUAACAAAUUUCACAGGAUAUUAAUUGUGAUUUUUGUCGACAAUUUGUUAAAUGAUAAAAACUAUUGUUUUUUUGGAAAAAAAAAAUUAAAUUAAUAAAAUUUUUGUUGUAAAAUUUUUUGUAUGCAAAUUCUUGGUGCAUACAAAUUUUUUUGAUGUACAAUUUCUUAUGUAUAAGAAAUAAGGAUGAAGAAGUUAAGAAGAAACGUUGUUUUAAGUGUAAAUUAAAAUUUCUUUGAUGUAAUUUGUAAGAUGAGGUUGAUGAGAUAAACAAACAAUUUCUUUCUACCACCAUUUGUCUAAUUUUCAUGAUUAAAAGUGAAAAUUUAUUUGUGUAAACAAUUAGGGAUUGGAAGUUGGUUUUGAAUUGGAUGGAAUUUUCAAAGUUUUAGUUUGAAUUGAUAAGAAAUUCAUUGAAUCUUCUUUAAAAAAUUAUUGUUUAUAAAUCUUCAUAUUUAAAUUUGUAAUAAUCGAAUUCUUUGCAUUGAAUUUAAUCUAAAAAUCAUUUCAAAAAUUCUUAAUUGAAUUUUUCAUUUUACAUUUCGUUGUUUUUAGCAAAGAUUUAGUUCAUCUCAAGAUUUUAAAAAUUGAAAUAUUAAGUUUUUACAAAAAACUAGUCUUCAAUCGUUAAUGAAUCAAUUCUUGCUCAAUCCCUUGCAUUUAUGCUUAACAAAAGCAUCUUUCAAAUGAAAACGAAACUUCAAAAGAUUUAUUUAAAAUCUUAUUUCAAUUUUUAGCUUUUUAAACAUCAAAAUUAAGUUUUAACAAUGUAUUUCAAGAUUAAACCAACCGACAAAUUAAAAUUAAUUUAUAAUCAACGUUAAACUUAUAUAAAGAGAUUUCAUUUUAACAUUCAAAUUUUUUCAAACAAUAUACUUGGGCUUUGUUAUUGAAAUCAUUUCAGGAUCAAAUGUUUAAAAAAUGAAUUCACAGUCAAUUGUGAAAUUGAAUUCUUUACAGUUAAUUAAUUGAAGCAAGUUUUAAAUUCAAUUUAAAGCAGAACAACGUUUAAAGUUUUAGAGAUCUAUCCUUUUAAAAUAUUCUUUGUAUUUAAAACAAAAUAUUAAACUUGUAAAUUGAAAGUCUGAAAUCAAAACUUUUAGAAUCAAAUCAAAACUUUGAAAAAUUCCAAAAAAUCAAAAUCAAUUCCAAAACCUUAAAAACUUUAUAUGUGAAUGCAUUAAAAGUGGUAUAAAUUUUUUUGGAUAGGGAAAUUUUUCCUUCAAUCUACUUUUUCAUGACUUUAAAAAAAGUCAGAUAGAUGAAAGAAUAUUUCAGCGGAAAUGCUUACAUUCAAUUUUUGCUUAAACCCUUC